AUGAUUGAGUCAAAGUCAAAAGAGGGGAAAUUUCUGUUUUUUAGGGUUGAUGAGCGAGAUAUGAGAGCUUCAGAGGGAGCCGAGAGUAAGAGUGCAGAAAGAAAUCGAGAGGUUAAUAGAAAUCAAAAUAUUAAGAGAAAUCGAGAGCUUAAGAGAAACAAGAUACAUGUCAGAGACCAUGAGCAGUUCUUCUUCUUCUUCUUAUCUCGUUUCACACAUCGUAGGUCCAUGACUGGAGUUCCAACGAGAUGUUGGUGUGGGAUGAAGCUGAGGACAUAUGUUUCUCAGACAGAUGAGAAUCCUUGCUGA